UUCCCACUCGUCAAGCUGCAGCAAUUUGUUCAACUGCGGAGAGAUCAACAACAUCGGGUUUCCUUUCUGGGGAGAAACCCGACCCAGUGGUUGUGGGCAUCCUGGACUGAAGCUCAACUGCGAGGAAGUGUUACUAACAUAAAGAUUAGGAACGUGACAUACCGCGUGCUAGAUGUCAAUCCCAAAACCCAAAUACUCAAAAUUUCAAGAGAAGACUACUUGACCGGAAUUUGUUCGCCAGAAUUAGUGAAUACCACUCUCGACCCCACACUUUUUGAUUAUGGCGCCCCUGGUUACCAGAAUCUUACAUUAGCCUACGGUUGUGCUUCUUCUUGGUUACCUCUCCCUGGACAACUCAGUUGCCCCACAAGUGGGGAUGUGCAGGUGGAGCUGGGAGCUCAUGGGCCUAAUGAGGAAUGUAACGUAAGCGUGGUUGUCGCAGUUCUUCUCAGUAAUCCAUUAUUGACGUUGGUUUUGUCGGAAUUAGAGCGAGUCAUUAGAGAAGGAUUCGAUGUGGAAUGGAAGGUGGAUACUGCAGCGUGUAGGGACUGCAUGACAGACUGUGGUUAUAACCUCAAGUUGAAUCGACCAAUAUGCUAUUUCUCCCCAUCUAAACCAGGACUACAGGAGAAACCAAUUUUGUUAUGCGCACAGUUGUCCGAGACAAUCUAAAUUGUUCCACACAGCUGGAAUGUAUGUUAUUUUCAAGUUAUUUCAAUUCCUUCAAAAACGGCAUGCAUCGUCAUGUACCAAUUCCAGAUUCUUCUAUGAAGAGGCAAUGUGGGCUGGA